CCUUUUUUCCUCUUAUAAAACUAUGAGAAGCAAAGUGUAGAAGUGACCAACAAAAGAAGAAACAGACAGACGAAAGAGCUAGUGUUCAGUAUUUGCUUUGGGAUUUGACUAAUUCAAAUUAUGUUAGAAAUCUCCAUAUCAGAGGUUGAAGUGCGAUCUCUAUUAAAGGAAUUAGAGUUGAAGAAAACAGGAAUGACACACUCCAUUGAGAUUACCUCAAUAGAUAACCAAAGUCCAUUGCUUCUUCCAACUGAAAAAGAAGAUGAGAUAGAGGAAGGGGGGAAAGUGGAUCAUUUAAUCGAUAUAGAGGAGACAAAGAAAUGUGUAAAUCAAAUAUUUGAUAAAAUGUUUGAGGAUUUGGACAAUUUAUCAAUCAAAUCAUGCACAAUAUUCAAAGUAAACGUUGGGCUACGUGAAUCAAAUCCAGAUGCUUAUACACCAAAGAUGGUAUCUAUUGGUCCUUACCAUAAGAAAAAUCCUCAACUUGAUUCAAUGGAAAAGUAUAAACUAUUGUACCUACGACGAUUUCUUCAACGAAAUGAGAAGCUUGAUGUGGAAUGUUGCAUUAAUGAAUUGGAGAAAUUGAAAGAGGAAGCACUAAAGUGUUACGCUGAUGUAGGAGACAGUGAUAAUGAUAGUCAUGAAUUUUGCAGAAUGUUAUUGCUUGAUGGUUGUUUUGCGGUUGAGUUUAUUCGAGAGUGUUCUGAAAUGUGUCCACCAGUAGAAGAAAAAAUAAUCAAUAUUGAUGAUGUGAUAUGUUAUCAAAUAGUUAGAGACUUGAUGUUACUAGAAAACCAACUUCCUUUCUUUGUCCUCAACAAGCUCUUUCACAUGACAAAGCAAGAUGAUGAAUUACCAUUGGCAAUAUUGGCUAAUGAUACAUUUAAUUAUUUUGGUGACAUGCCAAAAUUGACUCAUGCAUCUAUUAUUAAAGAGAUAGAAUGCAAUGCAGGAAAUAUCAAACAUUUACUUCAUGUAGUACAUAUAUUUUCAUGUCAUGGGAAUCCCAUGAAAAAAUCAAAGUUUGGGAUAAUGUGGCAUAAGAUCAUGCCAAAUGCAACAAAGCUUUCUGAAGCUGGAGUUCGAUUUGCAAAGGUUGGAUAUGCAACGAAUUUAUUUGAUAUAAAGUUCGAGAAUGGAUUGAUGACAAUACCUUAUUUUCAAGUUGAAGAUGGUACUGAAACGCUCCUGCAAAAUCUCAUUGCUUAUGAGCAACAAUCAUCUGAUGUACAACCUAAAUAUUUCAGUGAUUUUGCAACUUUCAUGGAUUAUCUUAUUGAUUCAGACGCAGAUGUGACGUUGCUUCGUCAGGAAGGAAUUAUAGAGAAUUGGAUAGGAGAUGACAAAGAAGUGGCUAGCAUGUUCAACAAAAUGAGAAAUAAGGUCCGCGUUUAUUCUAACUUCUAUUACAAUGAAGAAUACAUAAAUGCAGUUGAACAUUGUGAAAAACCAUGGAACAAAAUGAGGGCAAAGGUGAUGCACAAUUUUUUUAAUAAGGCUUGGGCAGGAGCUUCAACUGUGGCAGCCAUCAUAGUCUUCACACUCACAAUUAUACAAACUAUUCUAGCUUUCGUAGGUGGCGUUCGUUAAUUAAGUAGUAAUUUUGUUCUAAUUGUCUCAAUUUCCUCACAACUACAAGCAUGAAGAGUAGAUAUUAUUUAUAGGAUAAUAAGUACACUGCGAUUAUUAGUCAGUAGAAAAAUAUCCUAUUAA